AUGAAAAAUGAUAGCAUCGUUUGGCUUGAUACUUCAUCGAUAUUUGGCAUUGAAAUGAUACAAAAAUAUAUUAUUGAUCUUCGACAUAUUUAUCACAUUGUCGAAAUAUUUAAUGAUUCUGAUGCUUGUGUUGAUUAUAUGACUAAUGCUAAAGAGAAUAGAAUAUUUUUUAUUGUCAAUGAGUUUGAUGGACAAUUUAUAGUGCCCAUAAUGCAUGAUUUCGAACAACUUGAUUCAAUAUUUGUUCUUCGUUCGGAUCGAUCGAAUGAUGAAGAAUGGUCAGGGCAAUACAAUAAAGUAAAGGGUAUUUAUAAUAAUAUAACUUUGAUUCGAAAACAUCUCUACGAAAUUCAACAUGGCAAAAAUGAUUCGAUCGGAUUCGAAAUUACUAGUAGUUCAGUAUCUUCAUUACAAAUAGAUGGCAAUAAAAAGAAUAGACAAGAAGUCAUGUUCAUGUAUGGCCAACUGGUUAAAGAAAUUUUAACACAACUACCUUAUUCAACUGCUGAUGUGAAUCACAUGAUUGAAUUUUGUCUUACUCGUUAUAGUGAAGAUCCAUUAAUGAUCGAAAAAAUUAUUGAAUUUGAACGCGACUAUAGACCACAAUUAGCUGUUCAGUGGUAUACAAAAAAUAUUUUUCCUUUUCAAAUGGUCAAUGAAGCAUUACGUGUAAAUGAUCUAUCAACAUUAUAUGCAAUGCGUGUAUUUAUUAAAGAUGUUCAUAAACAAAUCGUUGAAAUUUCUACAAAUUUACGAGAAACUUCACUGUCAACACUUUAUCGUGGUCAACGAAUGUUGAUUGAGGAAUUUGAAAGAAUCAAGAACAAUCCAGGCGGAUUGUUGUCAAUAAGUAGCUUUUGGUCAACUAGUGUAGAUGAAAAUGUUGCCCAAUUUUUUACAGGUAACUUUGAUAACAUGGUAGCAGUUAUUUUUGUAAUCCAUAUUGAUUCAUCUGUGCGAACCACUACUUUCUUUGCCAACAUCGAAAAAGAAAGUCAAUUAAAUGAUAAUGAAAAAGAAUAUUUAUUUACAAUGGGAAGUAUCUUUCGAAUUGAAUUAAUUGAGAAAGCUGACGCGAACGAUUAUUGGACUGUUAAUCUAAGCUUGACAAGUGAUAACGAUCCACAACUGACUCUUCUCACAACUUCAAUUCGUUCGGCUGUAAAAAGAGAUAAUGAAUCUCAUAUUUGUGGUCUUGCUAUAUUAAUGAUGCACAUGGACGAGCAUGAACUAGCUGCACAAAUACUAGAAGAGGUAGUCAAAAGAGAAACUGACCCAUUGGAGCGUAUGAAAAUGCAUUGGACAUUAGGAGUUCUAUAUACCAAACUCAAGAAAAGUCAGCAAGCACUCACUAACUAUGACAAGGUAGUGAAGAGUCCUGCUCUUCGAUUCUUAUCGAUUGAAAUAAUUUCAUACCUUUAUCAUGGAUUAGGUGAACUUUGUAUCCAACUAAAAAUGAUUGAUCUUGCUCUCAUUAAUAUGGAAAUAGCACUUUCUAUCGAAGUACUUUCUGUACCUAAUCAUAGCGACGAACAACUCGCUCGUUAUUGUAGAGACAUUGCUUCUAUUUAUGAAAUAAAAGGCUAUCUCCACGAUGCUUUGCCUUUUUAUCGGAUUGCAUUCGAAAAGGCUAUCAAAUGUUACCCAUCUCAACAUCCAUUAAUUACUCGGUAUGCUCUUGACUUAGCUAGAAUUGCCAGUCUACAAGGCGAAGAGAAAUACGCAGAAUCGAUUUUAAGCCAAUAUGUGCCAAACAUAGAGAAUUCAUUGCCUCCUAAUCAUCCAAUGCAAGUUCGAUUUCAUAUAUAUACAGGAUAUACUCUUCUAGAGCGAGGAGAUUUCUCGAGUGCUCACGCUCACUUUCAGUCCGCAUUGACAAUUGAUCGCAUGCACAAAGAAGCAAAUUAUCCUGGACACUUUACUAUCUACUGGGCUAUUGGCACAGCGUUUGGUGCAGAAGGUCGACUUGAUGAAACAUUUGAUGCUUUUUCGACAGCUUUACGCAUACAAAUGGCUACUCUUCCGGCAGAAGAUCCUUCUAUGGCCAUAACAUACACGGCAAUUGGAAGGGUAUUCGAGACACUAGACAAUAUAUCCGAAGCUUUAUUGAACUAUGAAUGUGCUAUGGAUAUUUAUCUUAAACAUAUGCCAUCAACAGAUCCAGCUAUUAUACAAACUCAGCAGCACAUCAGUCGAUUGUACGAAAAAUUAGAUCAGUAUCAUCUACCGUAA